AUGAGUUUACCCAAAUUGAAGCUGCCAGAUGGGAAACCACCAGCUGCCUUGAGCACAGGUCUCAUGAUCUUCAUGUUUUUGCUUUAUGUUAUCAAUUCUGUUGUCAAUAUCAAUGAUCACAUCGGCUUAGAGCCCGAGGCAUUGUUCCGCCUCGACUUGAACCGCAUAUCGCUCUACCCGCUAGGCCAUCUGUCGUUCGUGCACCUCUUGAUGAACGCGGUCUCGUUGUAUGGGCCUUUGACGGUUUUCGAGAGAAGCCACGGGACCGUCCAUACCGGCGUCAUCCUCAACCUUCUGGCUGUUUUCACCGCCAUCCCGUACUGUCUAUUGGGAUACGUUUUUUUCCGGGACACGAUGGUUAUUGGAAGCAGUGGUUGGUGUUUCUCGCUUUUUGCAUAUUUCAGUUUCAAGGAAUCGACUAUCCGUCCUCAACAACACCUUUUCGGAAAUUAUUCGAUUCCAACACGGUACGUUCCCGUUUUGAUUCUGGUCUUGGUUACGAUUUUCUUUCCCGGGUCGAGUUUCUGGGGUCAUGUUAUCGGGCUAUGUCUCGGCUACGUCUUGGCGUCUAAGGAAGUUUAUGCGGGCAAAUUGGCUCCACCUAGCUCAUGGAUUCAAAAACUCGAGUCCAAACUAGACCGUGCCAUAGCUCUUAUUCCUUUGGGAGUCACAUACUACAAAGAAGCAGACGCUAACCGAGAAGAAUCGUACAGCCCGCUACUUGGCGAAGAAAGUGUCUUACCUUUGCACUCUGGGCCAGCUGCCAAUUUCCAAGGCGAAGGACGUCCUUUGGGCGUCUAA